UGAGUACGUUGUGGAACAAAAAAGCUCAAUUCUUCUUUACUCAUCAAGAUUUUACAAAUUAUCUCUCAACACUGAAGUUAUUUUAGUGCACAAACUUUAUAAACGUCUUGAUUGGACUAAAACUUUACAAGCAUUGCCCGGAAGUUAUGGAAAAAACUGGGACAUUUGUAGAGAGUUAGAAGUGGAAACGACAAAGCCGUACCAACAUCAACGAUCAACGUGUGUUUGCAAACACAAAUCACCAGAAGAAACUAUGGAUGCUAGGAAGAACUUUUUUCCUCUCAAGGACAAUGAAUCUGUCAUGAACUUUUUUAAAGAAGAGCUCAAAAAGGACCAACCCAAUCUUGCUCAGUUAUCUCUGAUUUUGGGGUUCUUUGAAGAAGCAAAUACCUGCAAAGCAGGCAUCAGUGACCCUGCUACCUCGAGCUGUCCGAAUUUAGAUGAGGAAACAUAUGAUGCCCUCUAUUGCAAAUUCAUGGCGCUUCUUCAACGAGAUUUCUCUUUUAACGCGGAAAAUAAACCUGCAACUAGGGAAUUUGUGAAAAGUGUGGCUGAUUUGGUGUGGGGUUGUCUGGCCAAGUCGUACUUCAAAGACAGACCCCACAUUCAAAACCUGUACAGCUUUCUAACUGGGAACCGUCUAGACUGCUUUGGAGUAGCUUUAACUGUUGUUGCAAUGUGCCAAGCACUUGGUUAUAAUGAUGUACAUCUUUGCCUAUCAGAAGACCAUGCCUGGGUUUGUUUUGGAUUCAAUGGAUCAGAAACUGCUGAGGUAACAUGGCAUGGAAAAGGCAAUGAAGACAAAAGAGGCAGGCCUGUUGAAUUUGAAGGUGAAACUGCUAAAAGCUGGUUAUACUUGAGUGGUUUUGCUGUCCGUUGCACACGACACAUGGAGGUAGCGUCAAUAGUGUCAUCUAUUAAUGUUGGCAUUAGCCAUAACAAGGACAGUGUUGAACUAGCAAAUCUACAAAAGGAGCUUUUGUGGAUUUUAUAUGAUACAGGGCAUCUCAAAAGAUAUCCUAUGGCUCUAGGCAAUCUUGCUGACCAAGAAGAAAUAUCACCAACACCUGGAAGACCUCCYUGCAAACARAUCUUYGAGGAAGCUAUUGCAGUAGCAAAAGAAGUGUAUAACAAUCAACACAUCUACCCAUAUACCUACCUUGGUGGUUACUAUAAUCGCAAGAAACAAUACAUCGAUGCAAUUAAGUAYUGGGUUGAGGCUGCUCAUGUUGCUGGAAAGUACAAUUAUUCUAAAGAAGAUGAAGAAAUGUACAAAGAAUUUUAUGAGAUUGCCAAUGACUUCAUUCCCAACAUUCUGAAAGUUGGAGCCACUGAAUCAGAUGCUGUUCCAUUUACAAAAGAUCCUGAGUUUUUCUCCUACAUGCUUCAGUUUUAUGAUGGAAUCUGUCUCUGGGAGGAAGACAGUCUCACCCCUGUUCUCCAUGCUGAUUGGGCCAAGAAGCUUGUGCAGUCUCUCAAUAAAUUUACCUCUGAGUGUCGAUCAACGUUCUCACCAGAUAAAGAAGGUGAAAAGAGUAAUGAUGCAGUUCCAAGUGAUGAGAAAGAGAAGCCUAACAAACCAGAAGUCUCUCUUGUGCUAAACAGUGCCAAAAUGAAAGACUUACGCAAAUUAAUAACGACAGGUGGCAAGCUUAAUACAAGCGCCAUUAAACURCAGCUCACAGCCCAGUCUCAAGUUAGUGUUCCAAAAAGCCGUCGCAGGUCAUCRUUAAAAGCUGAUGUCUAUCUAUAUGAUUAUGACGACCAAAUAAAGGAAGAAGGUGGUGGAGCUGAGGAUGAUGAUCUUUUUUAUGUCCGAAAAAGACGCAAGAAGGAUGAUGAUAGAAAUUGGAGUGCAGCUUUAUCUUAGUGUGGGUUGAGCUAGUACAGUUUUUAGUCUAUUUUUGUAAUCUAAUAUGUAACUUAAAACCAAAACAACCUCUUUCUACUUAAAUACUAAGAUAAUUAUUACUUUAUUUACAUUUAGUUAUCAUUUAACUCUCAUAAGCAGCCAUUUGAUAUUGCAUCAAAGCUAUUUUCAUUUUGACAUAACUUAAAAAGAGAAUUAAGUUGGCUUGCAACAGAAUAGUGUAUUUUUUUUUGAAAACUUGCAGUAAUUAUCUUUAAAUCAAAGUUUCUUGGCAAGGGUAAUGUCUACAGUUUCCAAAGGUGUUGUUGUGGCUGUUUUUUUUUUAAUUACCUUUUUGGGGGUCUAUUAUUGUGCUAAGAUUUUAUCUAGUAAAUAAACAAUUAUACAUUUAUGGUAGAUGUGAUUUGAAAUUACAUUUUACAUUUUAAUAUAGUUUAGGAGUGGUCAUAACUUCAAGAAAGUAAGCAAACAAUGAGUGAAAGUUAAAUAUGUGGUAUUAGUGGUUUCCAAUAUUACUUCAUUUACUGCUCAAAAGAUACUUCAUUGAAUUUUCAAAAUUACACAAACUCAGUCAAAUAAACAACAGCAACAAACAAAAUAAUAAUCUGAUUGAAGUCAGAAAAUAUCUUUGCUCAUUCCUUAAUUCGCAGUUAUUUAUAAUUAAGAAACUUUAAUUUUCAUUGAUGAAAAGGAUAGAAUUAACAAAGGUGUUUGUUGGUCUGGAUAAAAGUUAAUUUGAGUAUAAGCUGAUGUUGUUCUGUGGUCAUGCUGUAUAUCAUACUGCACUGUAUGUAGAGACGUGAUCUUAUCUCAUUGUUUUACUAUGGCAUCCAUGCCAUGCAAGGUUGUCCAACCAUGCUGUGCGUUGCCAAUCUGAUCUGUUGCAAGUCAUACAAAAUCUGUGCCAGUUGCUUGCAAAACAUUAUUGGGAUCAUCUCUAUUCAGUGUCUUUGACCAUUAUCAAUUUGCAUUCAAUAUGAGUUUGGGUCAGUCUCAAAUAUUGUACAAACAGGUCUGCAUAAUUUUAUUGUAUCGCCAUCAUACAUUUAUGUAAUUGUAGGUCAUUAGAGUGCUUUUAGUUUAACUGUUGAAUAGGUGACAUCAGCUAAAUUAGACAAAUUGUUAACUUUUUUAGGUAAUAUAAAUAUAUCUGAACCUUGCUUUGAAUUUCAGGGGGUUCUUCACUAUACCAAGCUCACUGAGAUUGUCUAAAAUUAAGUUUCCUGUCUCUAAAAGUCUAUGUUUUGCUCCAUGUCAUGGUUAAUUCCUCAAAUAUGACAGGUUAGAAGUUUUUUUUGUGCUAAAGGCAAAGCAUUACAAUAUUGCAAUCAAUAAAAGACGUUGGACAUCGACUGCAGUUUUUUGUCUACCCUGAACAACAGGACAGUUUGGCAGGCUUUUAUUAUUUAAGUGAUGUCACAUAGAUAAAUAACUAAAUUUUAAAAGCUUUUCCUAUUCAAGGGGGAGAUUAAAACCACUCUACUAUCAAGGCAUAUAUCAAUAAAAUAAGUAUCAGCAAUGAACUUCUUCAAUGAGGUGAUUUCCAUUGCGUGUUUUCUUUGUAAUCUUCAAUAGCAAAUUAUUCAUAAUAAAUGCUAUUUUUACGAUAUAA